CAGAUGUGUUGUUUGAUUCCACACAUCUGGACGGUACCAGAAGGGACCACGUCUCUCCAGCGUGCCUGCUGCUCUCACUGUGGGCCGGGGCUCCAACCAUCUGCUGCUUUGGGUGCACGGAUCCAAACGUGUGGACGUUAUCACAGGAGGAGAGUUGCAAGACACGGACACAGCUGCGGUUUUACUGCCUGGCCAGAGAAAGCAGUUUAAGGACACAAGCCGUGGAGGGAACUCUGUCUUUCCUUUCAGACUCAACAUGGCCUGCAGCGUUGUACCUCCUGGACGUCUGUGCUCUUGUGUGCAGAGGUGCAGCGUGUCGUGGAGGCUCUGCUGUGCUUAGGGAGUUUGGAUUGGCCAGCGUGUACUGCAGUCACACACUCACACACUCACACAGCAGCCCCGGGUUGAGAAGGGACUCCGAGGCCUGUGGCGCCCCAGAUCAGAGCGCGUGUGCUGGGGGAGAGAUGGGCUGCAAGUGCCUGAUGCACCUGCUGAGUGUGGCGCUGCUCAGCUGGGCCCUGGUCCUGGGUCAGAGAGGAGCCGGGUCACCACACAGGCCGUCAACGUCGCGGAUAGAGAAGGAGGACAAGGCAGAUGGCAGGCUGGCGGGGGAGGCGGGGACAGAGGCCAAUGUGAGAUUGGGCGGGAAGCUCGAGGGGGUGUGUCCGGAGCGGUGUACCUGUUCAGCGGAUGAAGCCGUGGACUGUGCCGGCGUCGACCUGAGCGAGUUCCCACGAGAGCUGUCGGACGACACACGGCAACUCUCUCUGCAGAAUAACCAAAUUACAGAAGUAAACAUGGAGGACUUGUCACGACUCGUGCACCUGGAGACCCUCAACCUCCAGAACAAUCGGCUCACCUCCCCAGGCCUUGAAGAUGAGGGGUUUGAAGUUCUUGAGAAACUGGGUUACUUGUACUUAGCAAAUAACAAGCUCACAUCUGCACCCAGACGCCUCCCGCCGAUGCUGGUCAGUGCUGACUUUGCCGCUAACCAGCUGACCAGGAUCUACCCCCACACCUUUGGUCAGAAGACUGGUCUCAAGUCGGUGUACCUUCAUAACAACAAGCUGACAGACGCGGGUUUGCCUGAAGGCAUGUUCAAUGGCUCAGACAACCUGGAGGUGCUCAUAAUGUCCAGCAACUUCCUGCGUUUCGUUCCCAAGGGGCUGCCCUCCGCACUUUACCGACUGCACUUAAAGAAUAAUAAACUGGAGAAGAUUCCGGCAGGUGCGUUCGAUAACCUGUCUCAGCUGAGGGAACUUUACCUACAGAACAACCUUCUCAGCAAUGACGGCAUGGAGAAUAGCACCUUCAGUCGCCUGACCAGUCUGGAGUACCUGGACCUCUCCAACAACAACCUGACAGAGGUCCCCAGCGGGCUGCCCCGAGGUCUGGUCCUGCUCCACCUGGAGAAGAACUCUAUCGGGCGCAUCCCGGCCGACGCCCUGACGCCUGUCCGCAACCUGCAGUACCUGCUGCUACACAACAACCGUUUGCGAGCACGCAACAUCCACCGGGACGCGUUCCGUGGCCUGAAGCGCCUCCACACCCUGCACAUGUACAACAACCUGCUGGAGCGGGUCCCCCGGGGCCUGCCCCGCCGCGCCAAGACUCUCAUGCUCCUACACAACCUGAUCGGCGAGAUCGGCCGCGAUGACCUUGUCACGCUCUACACCGUGACGGAGCUGAACCUGAGCUACAACCGCCUGAGCACCGACAAGCUCCACCGCGAGGCCUUCCGCAAGCUCCGCCUACUGGAGAACCUGGACCUGUCAGGGAACAGGCUGCGGGCACUGCCGCUUGGCCUGCCCAAGAGCCUGCAAGUGCUCCGGGUAACGGACAGCCAUGUGGCGGAGGUGCCGGACAUGGCGCUGGUGGGCAUGGCCAAGCUGAGGGAGCUGUACCUCUCCAACAACCAGCUCAAGGUCAAUUCAUUCCAUCAGGGGGCGUGGCAGGAGCUGAGCUCACUCACGACACUAGAUCUGUCUGGGAAUCUGCUGUCCCAUGUUCCUGUGGACCUUCCGGAGACGUUGGAGUUUCUCCACCUGCAGAAGAACAAGAUCAGCAGCAUUCCAGCUACAGCCUUCAUCAGCACACCAAACAUUAAAGGAAUCUUCCUCAGGUUUAACCCUCUCUCUACCCUCUCAGUGGUGGAGGACUCCUUCUCUCACCUGUCUAAGCUUCAGGUGCUGGACAUCGGCCAAGGCGGCAUUGCGCCCAUUCACAGCCAGGGGGCGGAGUUAGAGGAGGAUUAUGUGGAAAGGGAGGAGGAAGAGGAGUAGGGCUGAGGAGGAAGGUCGGCGAGACGGGUUCUCCUGGCUCGGAUUGUGCUUCUGUUAACGGAGAGAACGGGGAACUCGGAUAGCGGAACAGUCAACUGCCUGGACGCCAUAACUCAUGUGUAAACAUUUCGUGGAGAGAUCACAUUUAAAAGGAAGGUGGUAGAAUGAGUCCAAGGGGCUACGCUUGAUCAAUAUGUAGACUGUUCUGGUAAAGGCCCGCCUCCUUCUUUAACCUACGAGCCGCGCUGUCAGAACGCACGCUAGUGGCGGCUUCCUGCCGCCUUAACUUCCGCGUAGUUAACUUCUCUCUCUCUGUGCCGUCUCCUACCCCAGGCUGAGUUUCACACACGCUCUUAUUUCAGCAUGUUGGCCAUUUUGCUUGUGAUCCAUCGUCCUGGCACAGGGUGUCAGGAUCCUGUCUGAUUUUACUCUUGUUGUUGCCGUCGUUUUUGUGCUUGAGCAGUUACACCAUGCAGACAGCUGACAGAUGCCAUGCCACUACCUGCGCUAUGGAGCUGGGCCAGCCCCCAGCAUGCCAGACAAAAACUCAUAAUCACAGUAAACAUAGUAAACGAGGUAAUACGGUGAUACAGCAAUACAUGUGUCAGGAGCGCGACUUGUAAGGGUGGAGCAUUUGGCUGAGUCUGAGUCCAGUCCAGCCAUGUUCCUUUGGCACUUCGUCAACUGCAGGAGUGGAGACAGCUGGAAGUCCUGCUCUGAGUGGGGGUGAAGUCCUGCUCUGAGUGGGGGUGAAGUCCUGCUCUGACUCUGAGCAGUCUGAUGAAGUUAAAGGACUGUAAGGAACAGCACGUCUCCAUAAUCCGUCUGUCUUCACGGAUGAAUUUGCCACAGGCUGAGCCAGACUCCAGACGUGGAGGCAUAGAUGGAGAGGAGUGGAUAAGGAGGAAAGGUGAAGAACAGAUUCCCGAGGAAGAGUUAUUCCUUUCAGAAUGGCCUCACUUGGCUCCAGCAUGCGGAAGAACCUCUGGCUUCAGUAGCGUGGUUGUCGAACUCCGUGGUCUUUGUCCCCGACCUACAGACAUCACCGUUUUCUCUAAACGAUGGUCGAGAUGACAUGUGCUGCCAUCCUAUGGCUCACCCAUCUUUGCCUCUGUUUACUGCAAUCUGGCAUCGAGGUUAAUGGAACAACACCUGCGACUGAAAGAACGCAGGUAAUGCGUGACCUUUCAUCGGUCUCCUCACUGGGGAGUUAUUCCAGCCCCUGGGUCCUAUCCAGUGUGAAGGAUCGUCUGUCGCCUGCUCGCUGGUCUGUCUGAGGAGCUGACUUUUUGCUAAGCUACCUGGCAUCAUGUCUAGUGUAUGCUACGCUAAAUGCUUCGCCUGUCAUGACACACAAUUACCUCAUAUUACCUGUUACAUCACCACAUUUAUGGCAAGCAUUUCUUACAUAGCAAAUAAAUUAUUUUUGAAUGAAAAACA